GCCCGAGGGAACUUGUCCGCGCUUCUCGGUCCUGGCGGCAGUUGGUGGGUCCGCAGCCGAGAAUAGCGGGCUGGGUGUUUACUUGAGUACCCCACUGUAACGCUUCUCAUCAGCCCACCUCUUUACGACGCUAACCCCACACGGAUAGGAGCGCUAACCCGAGCGCUGCCUCGGAGUAGGUGUCUGUUGAAGUCGGCACGGUCCACCUUUCCCUCCGCAGCUCAGCCGGGGCCCAGUCCGGACGACCGUCGCCUCGUCGCUAUGGCGCCCACCAUCCAGACCCAGGCCCAGCGGGAAGAUGGCCACAGGCCCAAUUCCCACCGGACUCUGCCUGAGAGGUCUGGAGUCGUUUGCCGUGUCAAGUACUGCAAUAGCCUCCCUGACAUCCCCUUCGACCCCAAAUUCAUUACCUACCCUUUCGACCAGAACAGGUUCGUCCAGUACAAAGCAACUUCCUUGGAAAAACAGCACAAACAUGACCUUCUGACUGAGCCAGACCUGGGGGUCACCAUUGACCUCAUCAACCCUGACACCUACCGCAUUGACCCCAAUGUACUGUUAGACCCAGCUGAUGAAAAGCUUCUGGAAGAGGAGAUUCAGGCCCCCACUAGCUCCAAGAGGUCUCAGCAGCAUGCAAAGGUGGUGCCAUGGAUGCGGAAGACAGAGUACAUCUCCACUGAAUUCAACCGUUAUGGCAUCUCCAAUGAGAAGCCUGAAGUCAAGAUUGGGGUUUCUGUGAAACAACAGUUUACUGAGGAAGAAAUUUACAAAGACAGGGAUAGCCAAAUCACAGCCAUUGAGAAGACUUUUGAGGAUGCCCAGAAAUCGAUCUCCCAGCAUUAUAGCAAGCCCCGAGUGACACCAGUGGAGGUCAUGCCUGUCUUCCCAGACUUUAAGAUGUGGAUUAAUCCAUGCGCUCAGGUAAUCUUUGACUCAGACCCAGCCCCCAAGGACACCAGUGGUGCAGCUGCAUUGGAGAUGAUGUCUCAGGCUAUGAUCAGAGGCAUGAUGGAUGAGGAAGGGAACCAAUUUGUAGCCUACUUCCUGCCUGUGGAAGAGACACUGAAGAAACGAAAGCGGGACCAGGAGGAGGAGAUGGACUAUGCACCAGAUGAUGUGUAUGACUACAAGAUUGCUCGGGAAUACAACUGGAAUGUGAAGAACAAGGCUAGCAAGGGUUAUGAGGAAAACUAUUUUUUCAUCUUCCGAGAGGGUGACGGAGUUUACUACAAUGAGUUGGAGACCAGGGUCCGCCUCAGUAAGCGCAGGGCCAAGGCUGGGGUUCAGUCGGGUACCAAUGCCCUGCUUGUGGUCAAGCACCGUGACAUGAAUGAGAAGGAAUUAGAAGCCCAGGAGGCACGGAAGGCCCAGCUGGAGAACCAUGAACCUGAGGAAGAGGAGGAGGAGGAAAUGGAGACGGAAGAGAAAGAAGCUGGGGGCUCAGAUGAGGAACGAGAGAAGGGCAGCAGCAGUGAGAAAGAAGGCAGUGAGGAUGAGCGCUCAGGCAGUGAGAGUGAACGGGAAGAGGGUGAAAGGGAUGAGGCAAGCGACAAGAGUGGUAGCGGUGAGGAGGAGAGCAGUGAGGAUGAGGCCCGAGCUGCCCGGGACAAAGAGGAGAUCUUUGGCAGUGAUGCGGAUUCAGAAGAUGCCGAUUCUGACGACGACGACAGAGGACGAGUCCAUGGCAGUGACAAUGACUCAGAAAGUGGCAGUGAGGGGGGUGGUCAGCGGAGCCGCAGCCCCAGCCCGAGCCCCAGCCGCAGCCCGAGCCCCAGCCGCAGUGCCAGUCCAUUCCCCAGUGGCAGUGAACGAUCAGCCCAGGAGGAUGGCAGUGAAGCUGCAGCUUCUGAUUCCAGUGAAGCAGACAGUGACAGUGACUGAGUCCUUUUGGGGCUGGCACGGACAUGAUGAUUAUGUGCAGGAAGGCACUGUUCUGUGCUGUUUGCGAGCCUUUCAGUUUCUCUCCUCCAAACCUUUGCUGUUAAUAAAGCCAGCUUCUCUAUUUCCCUU